AUGGAUCAUAAGACAGGAUAUAGCAUAACACAGAUGGCCAUGGUAUGGCAAGUAUUUUGCUUUAUUUCUUUUUUGACUAGAAAUAUUUCUGGAAAAUUACAAUACUCAGUACCUGAGGAACUAAAGACAGGAUCUGUAGUUGGGAAUGUUGCAAAGGAUCUUGGGCUGAAUGUGAAGGAACUCACAAUCAGAAAGUUCCAAGUGAUUGCUCAGCAAAAAAAACAGUAUUUCAAUGUGAAUUUAGAGACAGGUGACUUAUUUGUGUCUGAAAUCAUUGACAGAGAAGCAUUAUGUGGGGCUAAACAGAGCUGUAUUUUGAACCUUGAAGCUGUCAUAGAAAAACCUUUGAAUUUUUAUACAGUUACUAUUGAAAUUCAGGAUGUGAAUGACAAUGCUCCUUUAUUUUCUAAGAAAUAUUUUGAUAUAGAAAUUAGUGAACUUACCUCACCUGGUGUACGGUUUGCACUAGGCAUUGCUAAAGAUCCAGACAUAGGCACCAAUUCUGUUCAAACGUAUACACUUACAAGUUCUGAGUUCUUCAGCCUUGGGGAGAAACAUACUAAUGAUGGAAUUAUGUACCCAGAAAUUAUACUAGAAAAGUCACUUGACAGGGAAAGGCAAAGUUUCUAUGAAUUCGUUUUGACUGCUUUUGAUGGUGGACAACCACCAAAGUCUGGUUCAGUGAUAGUUAAAAUUGACGUUCAAGAUGUUAACGAUAAUUAUCCAGUAUUUUCCCAGGACAAAUAUCACAUACGAUUACAUGAAAAUGCACCUUUUGAUUUUGUACUGAUUAGUUUAAAUGCAACUGACAAAGAUGAAGGCUCUAAUUCCAAAAUCACCUAUGCAUUUAUACGAUUGCAUGAAAAUGCACCUUUUGAUUUUCAAAUCUUUGUUAUAGAUCCUCUGAAUGGGGAUAUUAAAAUAUCUGGAAAUUUGGACUAUGAAACAUCAGACAGUUAUGAAAUGACUGUAGAAGCUAAAGAUGGAGGUGGACAUGUCACUCAUUGCAAAAUAUUAAUUCAAGUGAUCGAUAUAAAUGAUAAUGCCCCAGAAAUAACGGUCACUUCCUCCUCAUCAACAAUUCCAGAGGAUUCACCACAGGGUACAGUCGUAGCGGUGAUCAAAAUUCAGGAUUUGGAUUGCGGAAUGAAUGGUGAAGUUACUUGUCAGAGCUCUAACACACUGUCCUUUAAACUAAUACCAACUUCUAGUAGUUAUUAUAAACUUGUCACUACAGCAAGCAUGGAUCGAGAAUUCAAUUCCAUUUACAACAUUACAGUUCAGUGUGUGGAUAAUGGAUCACCUCCUUUGACAAGCAAUAAAUCUAUACCGUUGGCUAUUUCAGAUGUGAAUGACAAUCCUCCUGUUUUUGAGAAAAUGCAAUACAUUUUCUAUAUUUCAGAAAACAAUCAACCAGGAACCUCGAUACUCAAUGUCCGUGCUGUAGAUCGUGACUGUGAUGAAAAUGGAAAAAUCACUUACAACAUUUUAAGCAGUAACAUAGAAGAAAUUCCAGUAUCUUCAUACAUGUCCAUAAACUCAAUGACUGGAAUUCUUUAUGCUCAGAGAUCUUUUGAUUAUGAACAGUUACGUGAAUUUCAUUUCCAAGUGAUGGCCAAAGAUAGUGGAACUCCUGCUCUAAGCAGUAAUGUCACAGUAAGGGUUUGCAUUAUUGACAAAAAUGAUAAUAGUCCUAAAAUCCUUUAUCCAUCUCAGGAAAAUGAAGAAUCAGGAUUAUUUGAAUUUAUUCCUCACACUGCCGAGAAAGGUUAUCUAGUGACCAAGGUGAUUGCGGUGGAUGCUGACUCUGGACACAAUGCCUGGCUCUCCUAUCAUUUCUUACAAGUUUCUGAACCUUCUCUGUUUGUUAUUGGCCAGCAGACAGGUGAAAUCAGAAUAGGACGAGACCUUCCAGACAAAGAUUCUUUCAGACAAAAGGUUGUGAUUCUCGUAAAGGACAAUGGUGUUCCAUGUCUGUCUUCUACCGUCGCAUUGAAUUUAGUAAUGGCUGAAAGCUUUCAACAAGUUGUGCCUGAGAUAAAAAGACAACCGAAUACAUUACAGACCUCAUCAAAUGUAUCAUAUUUCCUAAUAAUAGCUAUAGCUCUUAUAUCUAUGUUAUUUAUUGUAACAGUGAUGGCUACAAUAAUUUUUAAAUGCAGAAAAGCAAGCUCCCAAACUGACUUAGGAGUAUAUAACAGACAUGUGUACCCUCAGUUCACACUGGGUUGUCCUUCUGAGAUCAGUGAUACGAGUCUACCUUUCCCUUUCUCCUAUGAUGUGUGUGUGACUCUUGACUCAAAGCAGAAUGAAAUUGCUUAUCUGAAGCCUUUCCAGAAUGUCCCCACUGAAAAUCUCAUUGAUACUGGUUAUCCUCCCACAGCUGAUAUUUCAAAAGAAUGCCAUGAGGCAACUAAUUGUAAACAGGUAAACCAAGCUAAAGGAUGGAAGCAUAAAUACACAUUUUGCAGAGUACCUGUCUGCUAUGCUUCAGUUGGUUGCAGAACAAAUACCAAUUACAAGGCAAAAGGUUGCCCUCCAAGUGGCAAUCGUGCGAAGGAUCAUAUCUAUGAAGGGGAACAUGGCCUCCCUUGGACCCAGGGUCCCGGGUGCGGAAGCCAUGGUCUCCAAGCAGCUAUCCUUGGUUCAAUAAGGCGGUUGGGUGGUAGUCCACCAGGAUUUGUAGAAGAGGAACAGUUAAGAGAGAAGGUAAAAGAAAAAGAGAAAGGUGUCUCGGAAUUUCUUCUCUGUGUUGUGAACCGUGGCCGUGAGAUCCUCCAACUGGUGAAUCUCAUUAACCUUUGUGAGCCAAAGGCGCAGGGAUGGGGCCUGGGCCGACCUCCAGAGAGACGGGACACAGGCCUUGGCAGCAUUAAGCAAGUGGAUCGAUAA